CCUGCUAUAGCACUGAGGAUGGUCCUGUUAUUUAUGCAUAUACUGCACAUAUGACUAUCAGCCCUCUUUAGAUCAUGGAUGUCCAAGCACCUUAACUUUCCUAGAAAUCUUUCAUAAUACAAAUUUUUCCUCACUGUGUAUAUUGAUCCCUCUCUCUGCCUGCAAUUCCUCUGAUUCUUCUCUUACAAAUCACUAUAUCACCAUAAAAACAUGUUCUAUUUAUUUAUUCAUUCAUUCAUUCAUUCAUGUUCCCUUUUAAACCCUGUUUCUCUAUGUACAGCAUUUCAUGCUCAGCAUUUCUAGCCUCUGGCACAUAACCUCACUUUUGAAGUCUCCAUUAUUUCCAUCUCUAGAAAAGAAAUCAUCCCUGGCACCUGUUUUCUCCUCAAGGUCUUACCACAAACUCAAUUGUGGGUGGAAUAAACAAAGCUGUUGAUUACAAUGUGAUGCAAAAGUGUCCUCUUUAAGUCCAGGAACUGAUGGAGUAGACAGAAAAAGGAAUAAUUUAUAAGUCACAUGCUUAUUACCUAGUUUGGAAGCUAUAAAAUGUAUGAGGUAGCCCCAGUGAAAGAAAAAACAGUUUAUGUCAUAAAUAUCAGGCAUAAUUAUGGAAAUUUCUCAAGACAACGUGAUGGAAUAAUACAUGGAAAGUAAAUAAGAAUGGAAAUAAUCAAGUCUCCAGCUCUAGAGGUUUCUUGGUUAAAGCUUAAUGGGAGGCAAUAUUAGAGAGAAACCAAAGAAUUACCUAGGUAAUUUUGGAUAAAACAAUGAGAAUACUGGGAUAAUGCAAUUCAUCUCUUUUCAGUGUAUCAACCUCAAAUUAAACUUCUCUUCUCCACCCCUACCAGCUUCCAUGAUGUAUGUGGCAUCCAUUUGAGUCAUUCAUAUGAGAACUUUAGCAUCGCUGAAACAUUGUUUGUUUUCAAGACAGCUAUUUACUUAAUUAUUAUUAUUAUCAUUAUGUUUACCAUUUUUAUUUUACUGAUGAUUUGGAAUGAAACUUGAGCAUGCCAUUAAUUCACUUUAUUACUGAGCAAAUUUCUCAUUGAUAGAUACCUAAUUUUUUGAUCAGCCAACCCCUUUUUUAAACAAUUUGAUAAUCUGUCAAGAUAUACCACAUCAGAUUCAUUUUUAACUCAUAGUUUUCAUGAAGUUUAUUCCUUAACUAGCAGAACUGUUCAUCUUAGUUAUAUUCCAAUGACUAAAAUACAAAGGUUUAUUAAUGUCUGAUAAUUCUGGCAGUUUUCAGAUCUCUUUUUCUUUGGAUUGCCAUAUCUCAAUUCUUUAUGCCUUGUCCUACAUUUUUUCUUUGUGGGGCAUGUAUCUUUGUGCAAGAAUGGAAAAAGAAAAAUGACAUUGGUUAAAUCAGAGGCUACAGGGGAAAAAAAUCACUAGUGCUCCACAUGGGUAUGAAAAACAAGGACAUGUGUAUUAGCUGCUCUUCUAAAAGCAUAUGUCUGAACUAAUUAGUUCAAAAAACUCUCUGAGGAGAAAUUAAGUAAACCUUCUCCUAGAAUCCCAUCACAAAUUUGGACUUACUAAAUUGUAGGGCAAAUGAAGAGAGGUUCUGUACAGUUUCGUGGAAGAUAUAUGUAGCUGUGUUUUUCCUUCAGCUUUCAUGUUGAACUUUUCAGAUCCUUCUAUUUUCCUCUGAAUACAGAUCACUGUGCUCACCAGCAUUCUGCAUCUUUUCAUUGGUACAUAUACCCUUUGAUUAUGUAUUUAUGGUCAUGGCAAAUGUGACCUCAAAAUUGGAACAUUAAUUACAAAAGCUAUAUUCCCAAUUUUGAUUUAGCACAUUUUAGACAUGUGGCUAUAUUCAAAAAAAGUCCCAAACAAGAAGACACACCAAAGUUAAAAUCAUGUUUAUGAUACAUAACCACUGGGACUCGGGUUCAUAUUCAUUGUGUAAGAUUAUGAGGGUAGUUCUCUUUAUAUUCAGGGGGUUUUUUGAGAAUAUAUUUUCUUUCCUUUUCAGUAUCUCAGAACUCACAUGCUUCUGGCAAGCACAUGAAGCCUUCCAUCAUAAUCAAAGAUUCUCUUCUAUAUAAGUCAAAACAGAAGCAAGAAAGAAGGACACUCAAAUCAGGUUCUUCACAUCACAUAAUAAAACAUAAAAAACGUUACUGCUCACAGUGUUUACUACAAAAAAAUGCAAAACUGGAAAAUGAACUUUAUGAACUUGAAAAGAAAUAUGCUGAAGUAAAAAGUGUAACAUCAGAGCUUAAAAAGGAAAAUGUAGCAUGGAAACAAGAACUUCAAAAUAUGAGAUGUGCCUUUAAAAAGGAAGAGAAUACAAGAAAUGAUUCUCUGUUUCUUGAACCAAAUAGGGACAAGUUAAAUGAAAUAGCAAAUGAAGAUAAUAAAGGAAUUAAAAAGAAACCUGAAACAUCUGUCAGAAAAUUUGAUACAGAAUUAAAUAUUACAGCAGAUGAAUUUAAUCAGGUUUCACAGUUGGAAAUGACAACCAGUGACCUAGAAAAUGAGAUUGGUCAGAAAAGAGAUACUCUCAGAGUAAGGACUUUGGUUUCAGAACAAGAAAAAAGACAUACAUAUCAAAAUGAACAAAGGGAAAUGGAAGAACACAUCAGAAAGCAGGAAUCUAUUAGAGAGAGGAGAAUAUGUAGACUCCAAAGUGAAAUUACACAGCUUCAACAGGAAUUUCAUGACCUUAAAAACAAACUUGAAAAUCAAAUCGAUACAUUCACUCAUAACCAAAACCAAUGUUUUGACAUUAUAAGACAAUUGCAAGCUCAGAAUGAAAGAUACCGUCUCUUUCUGGAAAGCAGAAAUAUGAGGUUAAUCCAUGAAAAUAGUCUUUUACAAAAAGAUAGCAGUAUGAAAAGAGAAAGCAGAAAAUGAAGAAUUUGAAUCUAGACUAAUUGGAGUUUCUUCCAUAAGAUUUACUAAAAAGCCAAGACAAGAUCUAUUUGUGGAAGCAUCAAAAGGAUACCACAGAGGUUUUUAAAGAAAAAUAGAUAUGAAAGAUAGUAUUGCAUAUUUCAGACUAUCGCCAUAAUAUUUUAAAAACUUUAUUGAAGAAAAUGUUUGUAUUAUUCAUGUGUAAAAUUCUCAAAAUAUGAGACUAUUACUUUGCAUCUAUAACAAAAUUUGAAGUGCAAGUGCAUAACUCAAUAAAGUUCUAUGUAUCCAAACUA